UUGAUUUAUUGUUUUACUUCACAACAUUUGCCAGGGACAACUUUUUUUGGUGGUGGAAGGAGGAGGAGAAAAGGCCUGCAUUUAUUGCAGAAAAACCCUACAGGUAGGGUCACACCCAUGUAGAAACAAGGCUUCCCUGGAAGUGGGAGGGAACAGGAAGUGGAGGUGCUGUCCUCCCCGCGGCAGCAGGCAGCUAACAACCUUCCCAUGGGGUAGGAGCACUCCCUGCAUCGGAGCCCUCGGAGCCCAGUCCCAAGCCUCGCUUGCCGGUGAUGGUGCCGGGGAAGGUGGAGCGUGGCGAGCUGCUUGCUGAGGUCACCCCGCCACAACCAGGCUGUGGAGAUGCGCUCCCCAGCCCUGUCCUCCAGGUUUGCCAGCUCCUCCUGCUGAAAACAGCUAAGCCUGCUGUUCGGAGUUCUCAGAAUCCCAGCCCCCGAGGAACUGACUUUACACUGGGAACUGCAUUUCCCAGACCCUGGCAGGCUUUGUAGCUUCUGGACUUGCUUCUGCAUCUGCUCAGAGGGACGGCGAGUCUCUCCUAGUUAGCAUCAGCCUCUGUCCGCUUCUACCUACGCUGAGGGAGACCCCGUGAGGCCCUCGCCCUGGCAUCCUGGACCCUGGGGCUGCUCCUCCCGCCUCCGAAGUGCAUCAGACAGGUCUCCCGGAGGACCGCAGCAGUGGGAGCAGCCAGGAGGAGUCAAGAGAACACCUGAACUUCUGUGUUCGAAAGCGCCUGUGGUGCUGGUUGAGGUGCCGAACACUGAGCUCCCCAGAAGCCUUGCAAUAAUAAUCGCUCCACUGAGCUGCCCCGCCUCCUGGCCCAGCCCAGGAGGGAUCAGCAGGCAUCCGGGUCAUGGAGCGGAGGCACAGGAGAGCCUCCAAGGCCACUGUGCUUGGCUCUGGCUCACCCUGACUCCAGUGGAGCAGAAAGGAGGGAAGUCACACCACCGGGCGUGGCCGCCUGUGGCCGCUUCUGCAAACCCCGAGAGUCACCCAGGCCCUUCCCGAGCGCAGUUCAGCUCUAGAGACUUCUGGCUCACGGAACGCUGUAGAGAGGGGACAGGAUGAGGCGGGAAGAGGAGGACGAGGACGGAAACAGGAUGAAGGCCAAAGGGCACUUGGAGGAGAAGGAGGAGGCGGAGAUCAGUGAGACUGGAGGGCCGGCCGGCCCCUUCGCCAGUGCCACGCCCGGCCCGCUGCCCCCCCACAAGGGCACUCGGUUUUCCGAGGCCUGGGAGUACUUCCACCUGGCCCCUGCCCGCGCCGGGCACCACCCCAACCAGUAUGCCACCUGCCGCCUGUGUGGCAGGCAGGUGAGCCGGGGCCCGGGGGUUAACGUGGGCACCACGGCCCUCUGGAAGCAUCUGAAGAGCAUGCACAAGGACGAGCUGGAGAAGAGUGGCCACGGCCAGGCUGGGCAGCGUCCGGACCCCCGGCCUCCGGGGCCGCAGCUCCCCGCGGGUAUUGAGGGCGACUGGGCCCGGCUCCUGGAGCAGGUGGGGGCCCUGGCCUUGUGGGCCAGCCAGAGGGAAAAGGAGCUUCUGAGGAGGGAGCGCGCGGUGGAAUGGCGGGAGCGCGCGGUGGAGAGGCGGGAGCGCGCCCUGGAGGAGGUGGAAAGGGCCAUCCUGGAGAUGAGGCGCAAGGUGCGGGCCGAGAAGGAGGCCUGCCAGAGGGAGAAAGACCAGGCCGGGGCCGCUCACCCCUUCCAUUUUGUUUAAACGGGGCUUGGGGGAAGUUUAUUCUGAAAACACUGACUUUAGACCCACAGCAAAAAAAGUCCUUUUAGUUCCAGCUUAAAUAUACAGCAAAGUAGCUUGGUAGGAUUUUAAGAGAAAGAAUAGUAUGGGUUAAUCUCAGCAGGUCUGAAUUGGCCAAAUGCUUAUCUAAGGUUCCUUAGAAUAGCACUCACCAAAACUUUAAACUAUAUUAACCAUGGGUCUGUGAGUUAUUUGGGGGCAGAAUGCACCAGCCUGUCAGCCUCAGUGAGUGAAAAUAAUGGGAUUUAUGCCUAGUACUUGGUUUUGGUGGAGCUGAAGGUUUUGAUGGUUGAGACUGGAUGGGUGGCUGGAAUAUGCCUAUAUGGCCAGCUCAUUCUGGAGACCCCAUGAUGAGCAGAGCUCAAGCUUCCUGGGACAGAAGUGUUUGCACACAUUCUGGUGUUGAUUUAAGAACUGGAUGUAAAGCUGGUUCUGUGGGACCCAGCAGUGGAAGAAGAAAGAAACAUGGGCCUGAGAUCUCCAGACUCUUUCAAUGUGUCUCUUUCUCCCAUUAUUGCAGUCUUAUAUUAAAGCUGUUUUAUCAGAAUAAUCCAUCUUAAUCCUGUAAGUCUUUCCAGCAAUCUAACAGAUAAGUAAUUAAUGGAUAAUUAGCACAGAGAAUUAAAGACUUUCCAACUCACUUGAAUUAAACAUUAAGAAUAGAGCAUAUAAAAAUUUGUUCAUAAAU